UCCUGCGAUCUAUUUCAAUUUUCACCUCAAUUUUUUUCACAAGUUCAAAUAUUAGAGGAGAGGGACUCUCUGCCUGAGCUCCUCCAAAAACAGCCGUCCAAAUGUUUCAAAUUUCGAUCCCAUCCUCCCCUAUUGCAAUAUAUAUAUAUAUAACAAGAUACAUUUCUCCUUUCUAAUCCUUUCAUUCAAGAGAAACAAAUAAUCUCCAUCUUAACAAGAAGACACCAUGACGAAACAGAGCAUACCCAACAACAAGAAGAAGAAAAACUCUAUCCCAAAAGAACUGCCAUCCCAAAUCAUCCUCGAAAUACUCUCAAGACUCCCCAUCAAAACCCUUUUCCUUUGCCAACUCGUUUCCAAGCACUGGCUUUCUCUAAUCUCAGAUCCUCACUUCGUCAAUCUCCACCUCUCAAGAUCACCAGUCAGCCUCUUGCUCAAACCCUUUUACCGCAACCGUAGAUCGUACCAACUUCACUUGGUUGACCUCCAAACCCUCCAUAAAAUCCAUCCCCGCGAAGCCCAAUUGAAACUCAACCCCAAAAUUAACUUCCCACUUCUUGGACGCCAAAUAGUUAACUCCUGCAAUGGUUUGCUGUGCUUGUGUUUUGAUGAUUCUGAAAUUUUCGUAUGCAAUCCCAUUCUGGGUGACUACAUUGUCUUACCAUGGACGACAUAUGAUGGAAUUACGUAUCAUCGCACUGUCAAUGCUCUCGGUUUUAGUCCCAAGACUAACCAAUACAAGGUGAUUCGGUUUUUUCUUCAAAGGGUCGUUCAGUCUUUCGACCCCUUUACUGAGUUAGAGACUUAUCGGGAUGAGGCAAAGGCAAAGAUUUACACAAUUGGUGAAGGGUUGUGGAGAAACAUAGGGAGUGUUCCUUACUAUUUGACAAAUCACUCAUUCAAUUCUUUCGUCAAGGGAGCUCUUCAUUGGCUUAAUUUCGCAUGUGAUAGUCCCGACUUCAUUUGUUGCUUUGAUUUUGGCAGUGAGCAAUUUCGGGUUGUCCCUGAACCUCCUGAGUUUGGUCUGCAUAAGGAAUUUCAUAAUCAUAUACGCAUGGGUGUGCUACAAGAUUGUCUCUCCAUUUGUGAUUUUUCUAGUCCUCAUCGAAUCGAUAUAUGGUUAAUGAAAGAUUAUGGGAUUAAGGAGUCUUGGAGCAAAGAGUUGGUUAUUGAAAAUGGGAUUGGUAAGAGAGGGCAUUUGUGCUCUUAUGAGCCAAUUAUUAUUUUAAAGAGUGGGAAAGUUUUGAUGCUUGUUAACAAGGAUGCUCUCAUGCUGUAUAAUCCUAAGUCAGGUCGUUUUAAGAUGCUAAAUAUUUAUGGGGUCAAAUCAGAAUUUUAUGGGAUUGCUUAUAUUCCGAGCUUUGUUUCCCUCAAGGACGUUGCCAAAGGUGAAAGAUUGACGCGAGGUGGAGUCAUUCUGAAGCGAAAGAAGUGGGUGAAUAGUGGAGCAUUAGCUUUGGCAAAUGGCAUGGAAAAUCUCAUCCAAUCUUUGAAGACACAAAGGCGGGAAAUAACUGUCAACCACGUGAUAGGCAUUUCAAAAGUUUCGAUUGGGGAUUGUGUUGCGAAGUUGUACGCUCUUUCGGGAAUUGACCCUUCUGAUCCCCUCAUCCAGUAUGGUGUAUCACUUAUGGACAUUGCUGUGAACAGGGAGAUGUUAAUGAGUAUUCCUACUGAUGAAGGUAUAAUUGGAUGGCUCAAAGCUAAGAAGGAGCACGGCGGGGGUGAGUCUUCACUGACAGCAUUAUUGAGAAGCCAUGGCUUGUGCUUCUGAUGGUUUUCCCUUUGUGGUGAUGGAUAUUAAUGGGUGUGAAUGGGAGUCAUCUUAACACUACUUAUAUUCGUGUUUUGAAAGUCAAUUGUAUGGUGGAUGCAACUCAUCUUGUAAUGGAAGUAAUUCGAGCAGUAGUUGUUAUCCUCUUUUUAAGUCACUUGUCUAAUAGGUGCAACUCAUCUUGUAAUGGGAGUUAUUUAAACAAUAGUUAGUUGCUUUGUUAAA